AUGGCCAAAAUAGGAUCGUCAUGUAUAGCAUACGUAGUUUUUAAUUUAUUUAUUUUCCAUAGUUUAAUCUUAAGUAGCAAUGCACAACGCCGACCGUAUAGCAGUAAUCGAUUAGCCAGCCGACCACCGACCCAUCGUUUGCAUCCGUGCGAACAGAGCUCGUGCUAUCCGGCCACGGGCAAUCUGCUGAUAGGGCGUGAGAACCGUCUGGAGGCGUCGUCCACUUGCGGUACGGUACGACCGGAACGCUACUGCAUCGUGUCCCAUCUGGAGGAGAAGAAAUGCUUCCUGUGCGAUACGCGCCGCGAGACGGAAAACGAUCCGAUGCGCAACCACCGGAUCGGGCAGAUCAUCUACAAAACGCAACCUGGCACCGUCGAGCAAACCUGGUGGCAGUCGGAAAAUGGCCGUGAAAACGUGACCAUCCAGCUGGACUUGGAGGCCGAAUUCCACUUCACGCAUCUGAUCAUCGUGUUCGCGACGUUCCGGCCGGCGGCGAUGCUGAUCGAGCGAUCGUACGAUUUCGGCAAAACCUGGCAUGUGUACAAGUACUUUGCGCAUAGCUGCCGCGAGUCCUUUCCACACGCACCGCUGGUUGCGCGUAAUAUCACCGAUGUCGUUUGCGAUCACCGAUACUCUGGUGUGGAACCUUCGAAGAACGGUGAGGUGAUCUACCGCGUGCUGCCACCGAACAUGAACAUCGAGAACCCGUACGCUGAGCACGUGCAGAACAUGCUGAAGAUGACAAACCUGCGCGUUAACUUCACCAAGCUGCACUCGCUCGGUGACAACUUGCUGGAUGACCGGGAUGAGAUACAGGAGAAGUACUAUUACGCCAUCUCGAACAUGAUCGUGCGUGGAUCGUGCUCCUGUUAUGGUCACGCGUCACGUUGUCUUCCGCUAGAGGGCGUUCGCAACACGGUGGACAUGGUGCACGGACGGUGCGAGUGUACGCACAACACCAAGGGUCUGAACUGCGAGGAAUGCGAGGACUUCUUCAACGAUUUACCGUGGAAACCCGCCCUGGGAAAGCAGACAAACGCUUGCAAGAAGUGCAACUGUAACAAUCACGCCACGAGCUGUCACUUUGAUCAGGCCGUGUACGAGCAUUCGGGACGAGUUAGUGGUGGCGUGUGUGACAACUGUCAGCACAACACGCAGGGAUACCAUUGUGAGGAGUGUUCACCCUUCUACUACCGAGACCCGAACGAGGACAUCCAGAGUCCGUACGUGUGCAAAGCGUGUGACUGCGAUCCUCGUGGUUCCCUGGACGAUGGUAUCUGUGACUCGAUCGCCGACGAGGAAAAUGGCAUUGUGGCUGGAGCUUGCCACUGCAAACGCAACGUGAACGGACGUCGGUGCGAUCAGUGCAAGGAAGGAUUCUGGAGCUUCGAUGAACACAAUCCGGAGGGCUGCCAGCCAUGUACCUGUAACACACUCGGCACGGUUAACAACUCCGGGUGUAAUGUGUACACGGGCGAGUGUAUCUGCAAGCGGUUGGUGACCGGUCGCGAUUGUAACCAGUGUAUGCCGGAGACGUACGGGCUGUCGGACAGCUUGGAGGGAUGUACACUGUGCAACUGUCAUCCGGGAGGAUCGCUGGAUAACAGCUGCGACGUCAUCACGGGCCAGUGUCGUUGUCGACCGCACAUGCAGGGUCGGGAUUGCAGCGAACCGAAGCAGCACUACUUCAUCCCGACAUUGCACCGCAUCAUCGAAGCUGAAUUCCCGUCCACGUUCUGCGAAACUGUCGGAGGGCAAAACUGUUCCGUUGUUGUUCGCGAACGAGCAAACGAUCGUGAUUCCGAUUUCACUGGACCUGGCUUUAUCCGCGCAUCGGAGGGUACGGAGCUGAAGUUCACCGUGGACGACGUACCAAAGACGAUGAAUUACGACGUGUUGCUGCGUUACCAGCCACAGAUGAAAGGAGAUUGGGAGAAGGUGCUCAUGACCGUGGUCCGUCCGGAAGUGUACGAUCCGGAGGGGCCUUGCGCGAAUUCGCAUCCCAGCUACGAACGGGACAUUACGACGACACUGUCCGAGUAUGCAACGAGCCAGAUCGCUUUACAUGACAUCUGCCUGGAGAGUGGCAAAACGUACAAGUUGAUUGUGUCGUUCCAUCGUCACGAACCGUACGAUGAUAAUCCCACCGCGCAGAUUCUGAUCGAUUCGAUCGUGCUGAUUCCACGCAUUGAGAUCACACCGAUCCUGCGAGGAUCGCAUCAGGCUGAGGUACGGCACCGCGAGUACGUCAAUCUGGGCUGUAACCACACGUACUACGAUGUGAAUUAUAACAUCAUCGCACCGGAGGAAUGCCGAGAAUUGCUUAAAACGAUCAGUACCUACAUCAACAAUGGUGCUACGCCAUGUGAAUGUAAUCCGACGGGCUCAAAAAGUAAGAAGUGCGCUGAAUCCGGUGGUUACUGUACGUGUAAGACGAACGUCGUUGGACGGCAAUGCGAUCGGUGUGCUCCAGGAACGUACGGUUUCGGACCAGAGGGUUGUAAGGCAUGUGAUUGUAACAGUAUCGGUUCCAAGGACAACGAUUGCGAUCUGAUCACUGGUCAGUGCAAUUGCCACCCAAACACCUACGGGCGCGAAUGUGACCAGUGCCAGCCGGGCUUCUGGAACUUCCCCAACUGCCAGAUCUGCGACUGUAAUGGCCACACAUCGACGUGCAACUCGAAGACGGGCGAGUGCGUACAGUGUCAGGACUUUACGCAAGGUUGGCGGUGUGACCGUUGCAUCGAUGGAUAUUAUGGCAAUCCGCUUUUGGGCUCGUCGAUCGGUUGUCGCCCGUGUCGCUGUCCGGACACGGUUGCAUCCGGCCAUUCGUACGCUAACGAGUGCUAUCUGCACCUGUCCACAAACGAUGUGAUCUGCUCCUGCCAAGAAGGAUACUCAGGUGCCCGGUGCGACGUUUGUGCCGACAACUACUAUGGCAACCCGGAGAAGCCAGGCGGCCAGUGUCAGCAGUGCGACUGUAGCCAAAAUAUCGACCCGAAAAGGCCGGGCAAUUGUGACUCGAAGUCGGGCAAAUGUUUGCAGUGUCUGUACAACACCGAGGGCGAUCAUUGUGAAUUCUGCCGCGAUGGAUUUUACGGCGAUGCACUGCAACAGGACUGUCGGAUGUGCGAUUGUAACCUGCUUGGUACGAACCAGACGGUGCAGCAUUGUGAUCGGUACACCGGCCAAUGUCCGUGCCUGCGUAACGUGAAGGGACAGUACUGUGACGAGUGUAUUGAGAACCAUUGGAAAAUUGCCAGUGGCGAAGGAUGUGAAGCGUGCGAUUGCGAUCCAGUUGGUGCCCUUAGCGAGCAGUGUAAUCCGUACGAUGGGCAGUGUUCCUGUAAGUCAGGUUUCGGUGGUCGACAGUGUAACCAGUGCGAAGCAUUCUACUGGGGCGAUCCAAAUGUGGAAUGCAAACAUUGCGAGUGUGACAUUUCUGGUUCUGCUACGGAACAAUGCGACCGUACCACCGGAAAGUGUGCCUGCAAGUCCGGCAUUGGCGGGUACAAGUGCGACCAGUGUGCUCGCGGUUACCUUGGCCAGGCACCGUAUUGCGAACCUUGUGGCGAAUGUUUCGACAACUGGGACAUGAUUCUGGAUGGACUGCGGGACGAAACGGACCGUACGAUUGAGGAAGCGAAGACAAUCAAGAAGCUCGGUGCCACCGGAGCGUAUAAGAAAGAGUUUGACUCCAUGUCGAAGAAAAUCGCUCAAAUCGAAGGACUGCUGAACAACACCAUUUCUGAUCGUGAGAUCUCAGCGAUUGAUAGCGAGAUCGAGCGAAUCCGCGCUCACCUGCAGGAAUCACUGAACAACCUGGAGGAUUCCGAGAAGAAGCUGCAGGAGACGGAUUCCAGCAUCAAGCUGGCUAACAUCGAGAUCGUAAAUCUUGGUCGCAAGGCGGACGACGUAAAGCAGAUGACGAACUAUCUGAGGGAUAACGCGACAAAGCUGCAGGAGGGCAAUAUCGAAGGUGCGCUAAAUUUGACGCGCGAUGCUUGGUAUCGUGUGAGCAUGCUUGGCGAAACGAACAUGAAUAUUACGAACAUAAAUCACCGUGCGGAAAACUACUGCCGACGAGCGGAACAUUUGAUUAACAAGAAUCAAGCCGACGUGGUGCGCAAUCACGAAAAUAACGAAGCCGCCUUCCGCAAGUACCAGGAGGAGCUGAACACGCUAAAUGGAAACAUGCCAGAUCUGAACCAGCGCAUCUGCGAUCGGCGCGGAGAUCCGUGUGAUGAGUUCUGUGGGGGUGCUGGUUGUAAGAACGGUUGCGGUGGGUUGAGAUGCGAAAACGGAGCGCUAACCUUAUCGGAGAAGGCGCUUGACUUUGCGAAGAAGACCGAGCAGAACAUCAAGGAGAAGGAAGAGCUGGCGGAUGACAUCAUACGAUCGAUGUCACAAGCGAAGGCAAACGCGUCAGAGUCGUAUAAGAAGGCAAAGAAAACGCACGACGAGACACAAGCGCAUCUCGAUGCCACGAAGGACUUGAUCGAUCGCGCUAACGUGCUGGUGGGUAAGCUGUCCGACAUGAUCGAAAACACGACAGCAUCGCCGGGCGAAAUGCGGGAACUCAUCGACCAGGUCAUGGGCUACACGCUGCAGCUGGAUCCUGAUCAGAUAGACGAUCUGGCACAGAAGAUUCAGGAUGCAGUGUCGCAUCUCGUCAACGUGGAGUCGAUCAUUCGCAAUACGGAGAACGAUCUGCGGCGUGUGGAAAUGCUUAAAAGCGAAGCGCUGGAGAAAAAGGAUCGCGCUGAUAAGGUGCGAAUUGGAGUACUAAACAUCACGCAGGCUUUAGAUGAUGCGGACGAUGCACAGAAAAAAGCACGUCAAUCGAUAAAACAAGCCAAUGCAGAUAUUGCUUCCGCUAAAAUCGAUUUGGAAAAGAUUGAAAAAGAAACGGAUGAUGCGCAGAAACGUGCCAACUCGACUGCUAACGCGGUGGUAGCACUUCAGUCUCGUCUGGAGCAGUUACAGAAGGACAACAUUCGAAACGAGCUGGACGCGAAGGAUAUCAAUAAACAGGCGGAAGAUGUUAAGGACUCGGCGAACAAUGCUCACGAGCGGGCAACUCAGCUUAAAAACGACUUUAAGACUGCGAACGAAUCACUCACUGCCCAAGCACGCCGAUCGGAAAGCGCUCGAGAGCGGGCGCAAAAUUUACUGAAUCGUGCUUCUAAAAUUACAGUGGAUACCAACAAUCAGCUUACGGCUCUGCAGAAUAUGGACGAUAUUUACAAGUCGAAUGAGAAAGAUAUCCAGAGGCUGGAGACCGAACUGAAUGAUCUUACUGGCAAAAUCACCUUAUAUCUUCAAACGAUUCAAACCAACGCAGAACGCUACCGCCAGUGCACAUAAUCCGUGAACGAACAUCGGCUUUCAGGCUUUCAACGUGUGCUAAACUAAGCGCACUGACAUCGAUGGCCGAGGGAAAUAAGCAAUUUCUAUGUGUUCAUAACAGAAGAUAGUUACACUCUAUUUCAUAACGCGCAGAAAAUCUAUGGAUAUCUCUGCAACUGCAAGAACUUGUUAAACUUUUUCGAUAAUUGCAAACAUGAAAUGUCUUACGAAAAGACAGAAAACUAGAUAAUCUUUGUGCCAAAAAAAAACAAACAAACUAAUACAUGAUUAGUAGUCGAUUUAAAUGCAAAAUCCCCAUUCUUUGACGUGUGUAAAGUGCAUUUGCACUAGUUUUAACAGUGAGGAAAAAGCAAAAAGGAGAGCGUGUUUGAAAGAUGUGUUCGCAUUUUCCUAUAUUAGUUACUUUGAAUUUCCAGUCUUGUAUUAGAUUUUUGUGAGCUCGAAACUAACACUAACAAUUUGUGUAUUUUAAGAAUCAUAAGAAAAGCUAAACGGCUAGGUAAGCAAUUGGGUUCGUUGUACCCUAUUACACCAUUAUGAUACAUCCAGUGCAUUUAAAAUGUUUUUUCACGCACAUUUGAUAACGUUCGUGCGUUUUCAACGGAAGGUUAAUGGGCCAUUUUAACAAUACUCUCCAGUUCCAGACUUUAGGUGAACCAGCCGGAGUUGAAACGCCGUGCUACGAUUUAUUGACAAUACACUUGAAAAUAGUAAUAGUGCAUAGAGGUUAGGUGCCUAAACUAGACUAGCGUGAGAUUAAAACUAGGGCAACGUGAAAACGUGUACCUAUCACAGACCGCCAUAAAAUUAAGAAGAAACUUAAAACAGCUUAACACUGGUUUUAGAGAGAAAAAAAAUCAUCUAAAUGGUAUGUAAUUUGGAGCGCUCAUGCUUCC